AUGGGACCACUGAUGUUGGCAAAUACCAGAGGCGCAGACUUAUUUGGCAAGUCUUUGGUCAGUCUAGGGCACAGAAGCGGGUAUGAUAAGAAACAUUCUGAGUCUAUACAGAUGAAGUUUGCAGGGCAUAUCAACCUUGAUACUUAUGGCAAGAUAUAUACGCAUCCCCUUAGUGAGAUUGAUGGACCUGCAAAUUACUCUGGGAUUAUAAGUAGACAGGAGCAUAUUCAAAAUCGUUGCGGAAUAGGCCUUUACCACACCAUUUCAUUACCACAGUUACUCCCUGCAAAAUCGGAGUACAAAUUUCUUGCUCGAGAGGAUGUUUCGCAGGUUAACUACUUGGUGGCCAAGUUAAGUGCACAGCUCUCAAUCGCAGGCCUAGAAGAAAAAAGGAAAAUCCAGCUCGAGCAAAAAAGGCUCUACAGUCAAAAGCGGUUUUUGAGCUCCUCCAAAGAGUUCAGCAGCAUUCGGAAGGUCAUUAUGGUAGCCUUUUUACGGAAAGCUUAUUUCACUGUAGGAAGCGAGUCAUGCCCUAUAGAGAUUUCCUUGCUACUAUACUGCUAUCUAAGAUCAGCCUUUAAAGCUCGAAUGAUAAAAAGGAUAUUAUACCAGGAGAGCCUUAGUCUAAUUAAUGAGUCUUGCCUCUGUGGAAAGUAUAUGGAUAAUGUGAUCUAUGGUUUACGUGCAAAGGAGAUUAAUGCCGCUGACCUGCUCCGCUGUGAUCCUUUAAUCUUUCCAAAUGCACCUAUAAAGGCAGGGUUAUGUCCGUUCUGCCUGGUGUCUAAAAGUGCGCCAGCAUCGAGAAGAAUGCGCCAAUUUGUCACUUCACCACCUCAAUGGCACUCUCAUAUCAAAGGUCACUUAGAGGCAGUAGAGCUCAAUUUCGACUGCAAGCACCCCGCCUGCUCCACAAGCUUUGAAAGCCUAGAUCAGCUGACAUACCAUCUCAUUGAUGUUCACUGUUGGCGUCCUAGACGCAACAACGCCGGAAAGCGAAAGCGGUCGAUUGAAGAAUGA